AUGGCACCCAUGACACCUCGACUCAAGAUCCUAUCAGUGGGCGGCAACCCCAUCUCCGCCUUCUUGUCAUGGAGGCUUCAAGCGACGAACGCCUGCGACGUCACCCUCGUGUGGAAGACGGGCUUUGAGCAUGUGUCGCAAUACGGAAUAUCCUUCAAAUCAUCUAACUUUGGCAAUGAGCGAUUCAAACCCCGACAUGUCGUACGAACACCUGAAGAGGCAGCCUCUCGUCGAGAAGGCGCAUUUGACUAUGUUAUCCUUUGUAUAAAAGCGCUUCCCGACGUCUACGAUUUGGCAUCCGUCAUCGAUUCCGUCGUUACCCCUCAGCACACAUGCAUCCUCGUGAACACGACAAACGCGCUCGGCCUCGAGUCGGCAAUCGAGGAACGGUUCCCAACCAACGUGGUGCUCUCUCUAGUUUGUGGCGCCGAACUCGCCCAGCUCAACGGAAGCGAAUUCGAGCAUAAGGGCUCGACGGAAGUGUGGGUUGGGCCCGCCAACGCCAACGCCAACAUCCCUCCGACAAUACAGGAGGACAUGGCGCAGGCUCUGGCCAUGACACUGAGCACUGGCCAAGUAGAUUGCAAGGUAUCCCCCAACAUUCGCCAGCAGCAAUACGAGCGGGUCAUCGGCCCGAUCGCAUUUCACCCACUAACAGUAAUCUUCGAAACGCCGGACUACGCUGCGCUACUUGAGAAAGUUGGCGUGUCGAAACUCGUUUCCGACCUUAUCGACGAGUUAAUUGCAUUGGCGGAAGCCCAGGGCUGCAAAUUCCCCGCCGAGUUCAAGCAGAACACGAUCAACGAGUUUUCAAGAUCGACCGUUGAGAACAUCAUGUGGCAGGACUACUCGGCAAGGCGACCCAUGGAAGUUGAGACCUACCUUGGCUCUCCCAUCAGACUAUCCCAGGACACCAAGGUCGGAGUACCGCGUGUUGAAGCCCUCUACGCUAUCCUUCACAACCUUAACUUGGUCAACCGAAGCCGGCCAAAGAUUGACACCGCGGUGACAGCGCCAGUCCCGCCAGGAUCUCCCGCCACCACCCCUUCUCCGCUUCCCCGUAUGUCGGCCCAAGGACCUCCUCGGUCGAUGCCGAAUGGCAACGGCAUGCACCCCCGCCCACGUCCAAGAGGGGCGUCCUCAAUGGGGCCACCAGGGCCUGGAAUGCGCCGCCCCCCGCCGUCGAUGAAUGGGGGACCGCCAAACGGGUAUCCACGUCCGCCGCCGAACGGCCGUCUUCCGUCGCGGAGGGGCUCAAUGGAGGGCGCGGAUCUGGAAGAGUUUGGUCAUCUUAUGCUUUACGAUGACGUCGCAGAGGGGGGGGAGGCUGCUUAUGGCCCGCAGGAUAUUGCUCUUAGGGAAAGAGAACUGCAGCUUCGUCAACGGGAGCUUGCUCUCAGGGAACAAGAAAUGAGGCUAAGGCGCCCCGGCCCAGGAAUGGGCCCAGGGCCGGGUCCGGGCCCGAGGCGAGGACCCCCUCCUCCGCCUUCACGAGGUGGUGGCGGAGGUUUCGACGAUGACGAUGAGGACGAUGACUUCUUCGAUCCCCUCCCUUCGGCCGGUGCGCCGAUGAUCGACCCCGACAAUUUCGACAUGAUGAGCGUUACCUCGAGGAAAAACCGAAAAGCAUCGGGCGCAGCACCGGGCUCUGCCGCGCAGUUCCGCAGGAAUCCCGAACAGGACACGGGCCCGCCGCGCAGCAGGUUUCGAAGUUUUGGAAGGAAUCGGUCGAGUCAAGUCAUGGCAGCGAUGCCACCCACGCAUAGCGAUAUCAUGGAUGACCCUCUGCUAGGCUUUACCUCUAACCGAUAUGGGGCCGUGGACCGGGGGAUGAUACACGCCGGCUCAAGGGCGAAUUCUCUAACGGCUGCUCGUCUUGACGAGCUGCAGUACAACCAAGGACCACCACCCAUGGGCAUGAAUGGGAACGGGCCUCGGCGCGUGAGCCAGUCACCCGGCAACCCAUACAGCCCGUCAAUCCGCGGCGGCGUCCCGGGCGGGCGCCCAUCACCACCGAAUGGGUAUCACCCUCAGCCGCAGGUAAAUGGUGGGGGACGCCCAUCACCCCCGGAUGGCAUGCGGCAGCCAAUGCCACGCUAUCCGCCGGGCCAGGGCAACGUUGUGGCCCCGCAGCAGGUCGAGCAGCACGCUGGGGUGAGCGCCCUUCACCCACCCAAGACGAAGAGUCCACGAAGUCUGACCGGCAGUGCGAGCGCCAGCGCGGGCAGUGGUGAUUCCACCAACCUCGACUCGGAGCCGUCGGCGCAUAGCAGCCAACAGUCCCUGGGCCCUCGUCCACAGAUCGGCGUCCGCUAA